AUGAAGGUGUCAGGCAAUAAACAGUGCACACGCGGGACUGAGUCAGAGUUAACACAGUGCAGUUGGCUGCGGAUGGCGCGAAGCAGUGCUCUCUGGUGGCGAGGGGACAAACAUAGAGCAGCGGUGUGUGCACGUGGCGGUGCGACCUUGCGACCUUCAGGCACUUCUGGUAGUUACUUCACUCCGCCCGCACCAGCAUGCAGUUCUCCUUGGAAUACCUCAAGACUCCCCCUGGGAUUCUUAAGGUUAGUGGAAAUUGUUACAGUAGUGGUGGCCUUCGGCAUUUUUCGUGGCUCCAAUGCAAGGUUUGCUCUAAGCCUGAGCUUUGCCACGGACGCUGACUUCUUCGGAUGCGGCGUGCUGGUCACCGCAAUGAUCAUCACGCCGCUGCUCCUCUCGUGCUACAUCAUGGGCCGUUACGAGAUCCAGAAGACCAUAUUUGAGGUGGUUUUCAAUUUCCUGAUGUUCGUAUUCACGCUGUCUGCGGGUGCCGUGGCAGUGAAUUCAUUCCGGAACGUAAUUAUCUUGAACAGUGACAUCGAACAGAAUUCUCUGGCGAUGGGCAGCUUCUGCAUAAUCGCCAGCUUAGCCUAUUUGGCCGACACUGUGUUUGCAGUGUAUCUUUACCGUAAGUGAUCCCCAACAGACGCACACACACACACACACACACACACACACACACACACACACACACACACAUACACACUGAGAAAGACAUAAUGGGUGUUCAGAUGAUUAUUAAAGAUGAACAUUGUC